AUUUUACUCAUUCCCAGUAAAUGAUCAAACCAAAUAAGUUUAUAGUUCUAUCAACAAAUUGAGUUAAUUUAAAUUGAAGAAAAUGUGAAACUUUCAGUGUUUAUUGAAAUGAAUUAAAAACAAGUAAUUAGGUGACACAAUUAGACAAAAUCAACAGUUGAUAGAUUCUCAUUUUAAACACUGUUAAUAAACAUAAUCAAAAUUCUGCCAAUCGAACCUUAACUCAAUCUCUUCUUUUUAUAUUGAUUGUGUUUGAUUGAACACUUUAUGUAGCGAUAAUUAUUAUUAUUGCCGGUUAAUUUUAUUCAUCAAAACUGUUGAUUAAUUCAAAUUGAGUGAAAUAUAAUCAUCAUCAUCACAUAUUCAUUUGAUUAUUAAUUGUUUGUGUUUUUAUCAAGAUAUCAUCAUCUUAGUCUCUAUCAAAAUAAUUGAGUUUAAUUUAAUUGUUUAAACAAAAAUGAGAAGGAAAUUAAUGUUUCUUAAUUGUGAUUCAGUUGCUAUUCAAACAACUUGGAUAUUUAAAUCAUCAUCAUCGGUGACAUGUCUACAAUUAAUGUUAUUUGUACUGACACUUAAUUGUAGUAACAAUUUGGUUGUAAAUUCACAAAGCUUAGAAAUUGAUUAUUCAGGUCACACAGAAGUCGAAGGUAUCGCUGGUCGAUCAGUCUCUUUACCAUGUAACAUAACGAUAACCAACGGGAAUAUUAAAGAAGUGGCCAUUAUUUUAUGGUACAAAGGAGAGACUGGAAUUCCUGUUUAUACAGUUGACACUCGGAAUAAAAGUUCAUUAAGUGGUUCAAUUCAUAUUCCAUCUAGUUCUUAUAAGAGUCGAUCUUAUUUUGAAAUGUCCAAAAGUCCACCGACUCUACGAUUAGAUAAAGUUAGUGAAAAAGACUCGGGUGAAUAUCGAUGUAGAGUCGAUUAUGAAAAAUAUCCAACACAAAACUUUCACAUCAACCUAACAGUUAUCGUGCCACCCGAAUCAAUUUUCAUCGUUAAUACCGAAACAAUGGAAAAACUUGAAGGUCUAGUUGGACCUUUCAAUGAAACCUCAGAUUUAUCUUUAAGCUGUGAGGUUUAUGGAGGUCAACCCAGGCCAACAUUAACAUGGUGGAAAGAUGAUAAACCUUUAAUAGCCUCUUAUGAAAUUAUAUCAAAUGAAGUGACCCGAAGUGACCUAAGCCUUACCAAUCUAAGUCGACCCUUACUACUUUCAAAGAUAACAUGUAAAGCGGUUAACAGCCCAUUAACUGAUCCAUUACAAACAUCAAUCACAAUUAACCUUAACUUGAAACCAUCAACAAUAUCAAUUGAAUUUCCUUCAAGUAAAAUUAUAUCAACUGGUAAACGAAGUGAACUAAUUUGUAGAGUUUCCGGUUCCAGGCCACCAGCUCGAUUAUUUUGGUGGCUUGAUGGUCGUCGAUUGAACAAAUCUCGUGAUACAAUUUCUAAAGAUGGUAAUGAGACAAUGAGCGUUCUCUCAUUUACCGGAACUUCAACUGACAAUGGUAAAGAACUUAUCUGUCAAGCAGAAAAUCCAUUGAUGAAGAAUAGCAGCUUAGAAGAAUCAGUCAGACUUAACAUUCAUUAUGUUCCAAUUGUGAAUAUUGUUCUUGGUGCUAAAAUUGAUCGUGACUCAAUUCGUGAAGGAAGUGAUGUGUAUUUUGAGUGUAUCAUCGAUUCGAACCCGUGGCUUACAGAGGUCACUUGGAUAUUCAAUGGAUCACCUUUAAUGUCCCAACCUUCAUCUGGAAUAAUAAUCUCGAAUCAAUCGCUUGUCCUUCAGAAAGUCAAACGGCAAAAUCGAGGAUAUUAUUCGUGCUCAGCAACAAACUCUGAAGGAAUUGGAACCAGUGAUACCUUUUACCUUAAAGUGCUCUUUUCCCCUGUUUGUAAACCUUUCCAGGAAGUUAAAUUUGGUGUAGCUCGUAAUGAGAUGGUCAAUAUAAGCUGUUCAGUUGAUGCUGAUCCAGAUGAUGUUCAGUUUAAUUGGAUGCUCAAUAAUACCCUGGAAACUGUUGAGAUACGUUCAUUUACCUCAAAUUCAAGUCUUUCCGUAGUUUCCUAUGUACCAAAGUAUAAAAACUCCUAUGGUGUCCUACUUUGUUGGGGAUCAAAUAAAGUGGGUGUCCAGACUGACCCUUGUUCAUAUCAAGUGAUUCCAGCAAGUCCUCCUGAUUCAGUGACCAAUUGUACCAUUCGUAACCAAACUUUGGAUUCCCUAAGUGUCUCAUGUUUACCUGGUGAUAGCGGUGGAUUGACUCAAAUAUUUUUCCUCGAAGUUUAUAAUUCUGAUAUUCAAAAGCUCCAUUGGUCCACCGCAAGUCAAGUGCCUUCAUUUUAUAUCAUCCUUCCCAGUUCAACGAGGUUUACUCUCAACAUCUAUGGUAGCAAUAAGAAAGGUCGAAGUCCAUCCGUUUCCUUGACCACUUAUACACUUAAUUUACCUCAAAAAGAGGCUAAAAAACAAGAAUCAACAGAAUCAUCGUUCCAGCCAAUAAUUGGAAUUCUGAUUGGAAUUAUAAUAACAAGUUUACUCAUCAUGUUCGGAAUUAUGAUUUGUAUCAAGAUACGUUCAGAUAACAAUUCAAUUAGUAAAGAUGAUUCUGGUAAAUCUGUUUGCUCAACAAGCUGUAUGGUUGAUGAUAAUGUUGGCAAGUCAUCAGCUCAUCAUCAUCAUCAAGGUAAAUCUGGUGACUUUGAUAAGAUUGAAAAUACACUGGAUCCAUUUAAAGAGUACAAGGAGCUAUACGAUUCAAUGGAUUCUGGAUUCAAUAUCAACCUUAUGAAACCAAUUUCAACAAAGAUUUCAUACAAGGAUCCAUUGGAUAAAAUGAUAUCUUCCUCCGGUGGAGUUGUUUCAACCUCUCCCACUGUUAAUAACAACACCGAUGUUACUUAUGCAGAGUUAUCCCUUUUUUCAUCCCAUCAUCAUCAUCAUCAUUAUCAUCAUCAUAAUCAAUGUGAUAAUAUCAAUAACAAUAAUAACAAUUUCAAUAAUUCAACCAAUAAUAAUAAUAAUAAUCAUCUAAACAAUAAUAAUAAUACCAACAAUUCAGGAACAAUUUCCCGCCGAAGAUUGAAAUUUGAACCCACUGAAUAUGCUACAAUUGAAUAUUUAACAAGCACCACUAACCAACAAUCAGCCAAUAAUCAACAUCAUCUAAAUCAUAACAAUUUAACAAUUGAUUCAACGGGUAAACACCAGGAAAAUAUAAAUAAUAAUAAUCAUAAUAAACUGGACAAUCGGUCAGCAUCAAGCUUUAAUAAUAAUAUUAACAAUAACAAUAAUAACAAUCAAGGGAUGAUAAUGAUGACCACAACAAUUGAACCGGAAACAGGGGAGAUGAUGAUGAUGACAAGAACAGCCAACAAUCAGUUGAUUGCUGAUGGUUGUUCAGAGACUGAAGUUUCAAUUGAAACUCCGUUAAUUGAAAAUGUUAAACCAAAUUACAGAUCUCAUGAUAUCAUUAUACGAAAGGUUUCAUCAAGUGAUUUAAGGAUCGCGACUCCAGUUUGAUGUAACAAUUAACCGUUAAUUUAAUAAAUUAGCAUAUCGAUUGAUCAUCUGAUCAUAUUUACUGGAAUUAUGAACAUAUAACUUGAUACGAUUUGCAUACAUCAAUCAAUCAAUCAUCCAGGAACAAUUAUAAUUGGAAACCAUUUAGAUGCCUUGACUUAUAUCAACAAUUAAUUUCGAUUAACUAAUUGUCUCAAUAACAGUUGACCAAAUAUUUGAUUAUUUUGUACCGAGAUGAUUUGUUUACUUGGACCAAAGAUUGAAGCAGUUAAACACCACGAAUAUCGAGAAAAUAUCAACAAGUACAUUCGAAUGUCCAUCUUUGAACAUUUAGUUCUCGAUUUAAAUGUAAAUUAUUUUUCUAAUAAUCAAACGAUACAAUUUUCUUUGUAAUACAUUUCUAUUGAUGCUCAACACUUAAAUGAGUAAUUUAUUUUAAAAGAAUAUAAAAUUCAUGUGAUUAAAAUACUGAAUUUGAAUGUUUCCCUGUAUUUGAUUUCGAGAAAAGUCAAAAAAAAAAUCAAUCGAUUUCAAGAACCAAAUGAUAAAUAAUAAAAUGGACGAAAAAAUUACAAUCACAUUAAAUGUUUCUUUCGAUUAUUUAAUUGGUCAUGAAUUUUUUUGAAUAAAAAUUGGAAU